AUGGGAUCCGAGUCCGAAUCCGUUUGUGUCACCGGGGCGUCCGGUUUCAUCGGCUCUUGGCUCGUCAUGAGACUCCUAGAGCACGGGUACACCGUCCGCGCCACCGUGCGUGACCCCACGAAUCAGAAGAAGGUGAAGCAUCUGUUGGACUUGCCGAAGGCGGAGACGCACCUGACGCUGUGGAAGGCGGACUUGGCGGAUGAGGGAAGCUUUGAUGAAGCCAUACAAGGCUGCAGCGGAGUGUUCCAUGUUGCUACACCUAUGGACUUUGAAUCCAAGGACCCCGAGAAUGAAGUGAUCAAGCCCACAAUCAAUGGACUGUUGGACAUCCUGAAGGCAUGCCAGAAAGCAAAAACAGUUCGAAAGCUUGUGUUCACAUCCUCAGCAGGAACCGUGAAUGUGGAGGAGCAUCAAAAGCCGGUCUACGACGAGUCCAACUGGAGUGACGUUGAAUUUUGCCGCUCCGUCAAGAUGACUGGUUGGAUGUACUUCGUCUCCAAGACUCUAGCUGAGCAAGCUGCAUGGAAAUAUGCCAAAGAAAACAACAUUGAUUUCAUCACCAUUAUCCCAACUCUUGUGAUUGGGCCAUUUCUCAUGCCAUCCAUGCCACCAAGCCUCAUCACUGGACUUUCGCCGAUCUUAAGAAAUGAAUCACAUUAUGGCAUCAUCAAGCAGGGCCAGUAUGUUCACUUGGACGACCUCUGCCUUUCUCACAUUUAUCUUUACGAGCAUCCGAAAGCCGAAGGCCGUUACAUUUGUUCGUCACAUGAUGCUACAAUUCACGAACUUGUAAAAAUGCUCAGAGAAAAAUACCCCGAAUACAAUAUACCCACAAAGUUCAAGGGCAUCGACGACAACUUAGAACCAGUUCAUUUUUCUUCAAAGAAGUUGAGGGAGAUAGGGUUUGAGUUCAAGUACAGCUUGGAGGACAUGUUUGUGGGGGCUGUCGAUGCGUGCCGGGCAAAGGGCUUGAUUCCGAUUCCGAUUCCGGCAGAGAAAACUGAGGCUGCUGAGGAGAGCAACCUCGUUGAUGUCAAAGUUGGUUAA